AAAAAAAAAAUCCGCCUUGCCGGUGGAGAAACGUCUCUUCAAUCGACUCGUUGGACACGCACCGAGCCUGCUCCAGUCUGUUCGACCAGAGCGCCGCCUGCCUCUGUUCCUCCCGCGCAGCGACCCGGCGGCCGGCGACCAAGGCGGUGCCCGCGGCGAGGUCUUCGCAGCCUAGGGUUCGGCUUCACUCCUUCUCCUCUCCGCAUCUCGGUCUUCACCCAGGCGCGGCGGCGGCGCCAUCCCGCCCGUCAGCUCUCGUCACAGAAAACGCCGCAGUCCUGUACUAGAACUCUAGAAGUCAAUCAUGAGCAUCCUAUCACAUGCUUGUAAGCCCAAUUCACAAUGACCAUUCCAGCUAUUUUCCGAGUCUCUUUGUUGGCUCCAGGAGUUGUAAACUUGUAAUCUGAGGAAACAAUCUGAAUCAAGGCACGGAUCGGCGUGAUGUCUUUCCUGAGGCUGUUACCUCAAAGGUUGCCCCAAUUUGUUAGGCAGGUGGAGCGAGAUGUCGAGACUGUAAUCAAUGUUCUGCAGCCAGGUCCAAUAGGAAUUGUGGAGCAUAAGUUCACUGAUGCAGAGAUCCGCGAGGCGCAAGUCACUGUAAGGAGUGCUGUUGAGAAAUGGCGAAGGAACAGUGCUCUGGAGAGAAAUCUUGGCACUGGUUCUUUUCAUAAAUCGAAGUAGCGCUCUAUGUCAUGACUUGGUGCAGCGCACCAAUACUGAAAAUAAAAGUGUGCCAUGGUUGCAACUGUUGGUCUUGGUGUAGUUAAUGUGUUUUCUCUGUCAGUGAACCAAUGCAAUUGAUCAUGAUAUACCUCCUCGAUGAUCUAUUAUCGGCAAAAGUACACUCUGCUCAAGUUUCUGAAA